AGGAGAAGGAGAAGAUGAUGAUGAUGAUGAUGAUGAGGAUGAUGAUGAAGAGGAAGAGGAGGGGCCGCGGCCGCCGGCGGGGGCGGAACUUCCCGGGUCAGCGGCGGCGGCUCCAUCCGGCCCGGGCGGAGCCUCCGGGAGCGGAACCGGGGCAGCCCCGGGGCCCCCGAGCGGCUCCGGAACCGGGGGGACCCCGGGGGGCCCGAACCGGGACCGGGACCGGGACCGGGAACAGAACCGGGAGAGGAACCGGGAACGGAACCGGGGCAGCCCCGGGGCCCCCGAGCGGCUCCGGAACCGGGGGGGGCCCGAACCGAGCCCGGCGGAACCGGGACCGGGAGAGGAACCGGGAACGGAACCGGGAGCGGAGCCGGUACCGGCACCAUGCAGGAGAGCUACGAGUCCCUGAUGCUGCUGGAUUUCCCCAUUCCCAAGCCCAACAUCAUUUCCCGCCUGGAGCCCGAGGAGGAUUUGGGGGUCCCGGACCCCAACGACUCCAAGGAGUGGGAAAUCCUCCGGGUGGCCCCGGCAG